ACAGCUGGUCCACGAGACUAAUGACCAUUCCCUGCAAUCACUCUUCACUGCACUUCCCUUAAUUAAGUUGCUAAAAGAUUUUUAUAUUAAUAUGAAGAUUUCAAUGAUUGCCAGUGUGGCUUUGCUAUCUCUCCUGUAUAUGGCCGUGGCCUCUUCUGCUCUCUCUUCAAACCAACAAGAUGGCCCAGUUCGUGAGCAAAUAUACUAUUAUCAGCAGAAGAAUGCUCAGAUACAACAAGAUGGCCCUGUUCGUGAUCAAUACUAUUAUCAGCUGAAGAACGCCCUGAAGCAACAAGAUGGCCCAGUUCGUGAGCAAUACUAUUAUCAGCGGAAGGAUGCCCAGCGGCAACAAGAUGGCCCAGUUCGUGAGCAAAUAUACUAUUAUCAGCAGAAGAAUGCUCAGAUACAACAAGAUGGCCCUGUUCGUGAUCAAUACUAUUAUCAGCUGAAGAACGCCCUGAAGCAACAAGAUGGCCCAGUUCGUGAGCAAUACUAUUAUCAGCGGAAGGAUGCCCAGCGGCAACAAGAUGGCCCAGUUCGUGAGCAAUACUAUUAUCAGUUGAAGAAGGCCCUGGAGCAACAAGAUGAGCAACAAAAAGAACCAGAUAUGCAGCCAGAAGCCAAGCUGGAACAAGAUGAGCCAUCUAAUGUUAACAAGCUACUGCUAGCAGUGCUGCAAUCCCUGAUGGAGAACGUCCAGUCGACAGCUCCAGUCAUCCCAGACGAGGAUUGGGGCUUUGUGGAUGUGAGGACAUCUGCACACAUGUUCUGGUGGCUCUAUGGGUGCACGGACAGCACCAAGAACAGGGAACAAGUUCCUCUCGUCUUGUGGUUGCAGGGUGGACCAGGAAGCUCAUCGACUGGUUUCGGGAACUUCAUGGAGAUUGGACCGCUGGAUAUUAACCUCAGACCUAGAAACACCACUUGGACUCAGGUGGCUAAUAUUCUGUUUAUCGAUAACCCUGUUGGCACCGGAUAUAGCUACGUUGAUGAUGACUCAGCAUAUACCACUGACGUUGCAGAGAUUGCUAAGGAUCUCCUCUCACUCUUCAGUGCCUUUCUUAAAACACACUCUGUUUUUCAGAAAAUGCCAUUCUACAUAUUCUGUGAGUCGUACGGUGGAAAGAUGACAGCUGCUUUUGCUGAAGUGCUUCAAGAGGCCAUCAAUGCAGGGAAUGUCUCAGUAGUCUUCAAAGGUGUGGGUCUUGGGGACAGCUGGAUCUCUGCUAUUGAUUACGUCAACAUGUGGGGUCCAUAUCUUUUUGCAACGUCGCUAGUGAAUGAGGCGGAGCUGGCUCGUAUUCAAAACUACUCUAAACAGACCGAGGCUGCGUUCAACAAUGGAGACUAUGCCAGGUCCACUGAGCUCUGGUCUCAGACUGAGGAUGUCAUUGAAGCAUUGACUGAUGAUGUGGACUUUUAUAACAUCCUGCGUCAUAACGAUGACGAAGUGACGUCCCUUCAAAGUGGGCGUGGCCUCCCUCGGAUCCUGCAACGGUACAAUGCCCAAUCACUCAGUCAACUCAUGAAUGGACCAAUCAAACAGAAGCUCCACAUUCCGGACCAAGUGGUUUGGGGAUCGCAAGCUGGGAAAGUGUUUGAGAAACAAAGAGUGGACUUCAUGAAGGAUGUCAUCAGCACAGUGGACAAGCUACUCUCUAUGGGGGUAAAUGUGACUGUGUACAAUGGCCAGCUGGACCUCAUCUGCUGUACUCAAGGCACUGUGGCUUGGAUGGACAAACUCAAGUGGACUGGACUGCCUAGUUUUAAGGCUGCUAAGAAAAUGCCUGUCUACCCUGACACUGACCACACUAAGAAACACACUGGUGGCUUUUAUCAGGCGUACAAAAACCUCGCCUUCUAUUGGAUACUCAAUGCUGGACACAUGGUACCAGCUGACAACGGAGACACUGCCCUCACCAUGCUGCAGAGGGUCAUCACUGGCUGACUACACAAACAGUGUAUAGAUUCAUAAUAACAAGACUCUAAAUAAUAACAUUACUGUGACUCUAAAUCAUUCAUUUUAAUAAUGGUUUCUGUGUUUCCAUGUAUUGUGGGGAUUUUGUGGUGAUAUAAUGGUAGAUGA